AUGUCUCGAAGUGAUUACUGGGUUGCUCCCGAGAAUGGAACAAUUUCUGCUCGACAACGCGGCUCGCCAUCAAUUGUUGAUCUCGAGAUUGAAGCCCCCAAAAAGACCAAAGUCACCUAUGAAGCUUCCAAUAUUACCGUGGCGGCUCGCGUUCGCCCUAUGCUGGAGCACGAAACAUCCUCAGGUCAGGUAGUCGCUGUAUACCCUCGUGUUGACGAUAGUGGGGUGGUGGAUCUCCAUGAUCUACGUCGGGUGUCUUCAACAUACACACCAGGCAGAGUCUUUGGACCAAACGACCCGACAGAGUCCAUCUAUGAAAGCACUGUGUACCCACUCAUCCCCUGGGCCUGGGAGGGUAAUGUGGGAACAUUCUUUGCCUAUGGACAAACAGGAUCUGGGAAAACCUUCUCAAUUGGCGGAAUUGAACGUCUUGUCGCGGAAGCCCUCUUCGACGGGACAUUGCCGGGCGAGAGAACCAUUCACGCCGCUUUCUUCGAGCUGGCUGGGAAUUCUGCAUUUGACCUCUUGAGCUCCCGAGCAUCGUUUCCAAUCCUCGAAGACAACCUUGGGAGAACCCAACUCGUCGGUAUACGAGAGCACAACGUCCGAAACAAAGAGGACCUACUUGCUUUCACUGAAGAGGCUAGCAAACUUCGACAAACCGCUCCAACAACCAAGAAUGAUGGCUCUUCGCGCUCGCAUGGGAUCUGCCGCAUCAGGAUUGAAGACCCAUCGUCUGAAACGGCAGGUGAUGGGGUUCUAUAUCUCAUUGAUCUAGCUGGCUCUGAAGCAGCGCGUGAUCUGGCUUCACACUCCAGUGAGAGAAUGAAGGAAACACGUGAGAUCAACAUCAGUCUCUCGGUGCUAAAAGACUGCAUUCGAGGUAUAGCUGAUGCCGACUCGACGAAAUCCUCAAAGAAGCCUUACAUUCCGUUCAGGCAAAGCAUGUUGACUAAAGUCCUCAAGCAUGUAUUUGAUCCACUAGAGAGCCGCAAGUGCAAGACUACCGUUCUUGCAUGCAUCAACCCUAGUCUUCUUGAUACGGGGGCAAGCAAGAACACUUUGCGGUAUGCGGAAAUGCUCUGUGGGCCAAAGUCAGCUCUAUCUCGGUAA